AUGUUUCUGCUUUACGAAUAUGAUAUUUUUUGGGCAUUUCUGAUAAUAUCAAGUCUUAUUCCUAUUUUGGUAUUUUUCAUUUCGGGAUUUAUAGCUCCGACUAGCAAAGGACCGGAGAAACUUUCUAGUUAUGAAUCGGGUAUAGAACCAAUAGGUGACGCUUGGUUACAAUUUAGAAUCCGCUAUUAUUUAUUUGCUCUAGUUUUUGUUGUUUUUGAUGUUGAAACGGUUUUUCUUUAUCCAUGGGCAAUGAGUUUCGAUGUAUUAGGUGUAUCUGUAUUUGUAGAAGCUUUAAUUUUCGUGCUUAUCUUAAUUGUUGGUUUAGUUUAUGCAUGGCGAAAGGGGGCAUUGGAAUGGUCUUAG